CUGAACUUUUUUUUUAACUUUUCGGCGAGUGUCAAUCGCUCUCGACAUCAGGGCCAGAUUAGGAGGAGGGCAAGAAUGUCGAGCGACGUGAGGACGACGUCAAAAAUUGACGGUACAGGGGAAGGCAGGAAAGACAAGAAAGUCGCAAAGGCCGCCCCGUCGCCGCUCGUCACGACUGGAGGGACGACGACGAAGAAGGUGAAGGCGGGCAGCAACUGGAAGAAGCUACAGCGGACUCUUGGAGGGACGGGCGAGUCUGUACGGAAGCUCAAAGCGGCAUCGACAAAGCGCAGUGGAGGGACGAAGGCGACAAGUAGCGAGGUUGUCGCUGAGACAUCAUCGUCCAAGAAUGGCAAGACCAUCGCGUCAGAGCCCUGGUUCGCCGAUGACCUGAGCCCGGAAGAUCUGGAACUCGUCAAAAGCGGCAAGUCGGUUUCUUCCUCUUCUGCACUUGGACUUGGGGGCGGGGUGGAAGAGGAAGUGGAUGAAGAAACAAUGCGAAGACGCAAAAAGGCCAUUCUGGGAGAUCCUGAUCUAUCAAAGGAAAAGUCGGAACCGGGAACGUAUGUGGCAAUCGACUGCGAGAUGGUGGGCGUGGGGCCCAACGGGGCGGAGUCUGUUCUUGCACGCGUCUCGCUCGUCAACUGGCACGGCGCUUCGAUCCUCGACACCUUCGUCAGGCCUCGCGAAAAGGUCACUGACUAUCGGACAUGGGUUUCUGGUGUGCGACCCAGCGACCUCAAGACAGCUCCUACGUUUCAAGAAGUGCAGGAUCAGGUGUCGGGCAUCCUCAAGGGCAGAGUCCUCAUCGGCCAUGCGGUGCAAAACGAUCUCAAGGCGCUCUUGCUCAGCCAUCCACGACCGCUAUUGAGGGACACGAGCACAUUUGAGCCCUUGCGCAAGCUUGCCAAGACGAAACGGCCCGCGCUCAGAAAGCUUGCGAAGCUUGUGCUCGGCAUCGACAUGCAGCAAAAGGGCGAAGAGCAUUCGAGUCUGCAAGACGCCCGGGCAACGAUGGCCAUCUAUCGUCGCUACCACGCUCAGUGGCAGGAGGCGCUCGGCUUCAACAAUAAGAAGGGCCUAGCAGCGCUGCAGAAGGGGAAAAGAAAGCGAAAAGAGGUCGAGAGUGGCGAAGGCGACGCUGGGUCUACCAGCGAGGCCAAAAGGCCAAAGAAGGCAGAUGCACUCGGUUCAGACUGGUGGAAGGAUCUGUAAUACUCUUUCGAUGGGAACAAUUUGUACAAGUAGCCAUAGCAAUU